CUUGGAGGGAAACGGAGGCCGGCGGGAGGGCUGGGGGAAGGGACCCGGGCCUAGAACAACUGCUGACUAAUCGGCGGGCGGCGGCGGAGGGGGUGGUGCGCCGGCCGGUCGGCAGAGGUCACGCGCUCGAGUGCGAACAAAAUGGGCUCGGGGCGCUCGCGCCGUGGCGGGAAGUUAGAGUCCCGACUCCCAGGCGGGAGCCCCCCCCGGGCUUCCGGGGGCGGGGGGCGCGCUCCGCAAAGGGGAAACUGAGGUCCAGGGAAUUUGGGUACUUUUCCUAAAGUCACAAAGCUGAGUCUGACCUACACCUUGGGACCCCCAUUCUCUUCAUCACCCGGAAGACUCUUCCCCGUCUUUAUCUUCCCAUUCUGUCCUCCUGGCUUCUCAGUAAGAUGAGGAAGGAGAGGCUCAGAGGCUGGAAAACUUGCCCAGGGAUGCACAGCAGGAAAAAGUGGAGUGGAUACUAAAACCUUCCUGUGAGAAGAGGGCACACACCCCGAAGACCACCCUUGACCACCUUCAGCCCAGCUAUGCCUGCCAGAGGCCCCCAUGGCCUACUGUCACCAGCGCUGCCUCUCGCCUCCUCGGUCCUGAUGCUGCUCAUGAGCAGCUUGUGGCUGAUGGGGGCUGGCCCCAGCCUUGCCCUAGCCCCAGAGCUGCUGCUGGACCCUUGGCAAGUGCACCGGCUGCUGACCCAUGCCCUGGGCCACACGGCCCUACCCGGCCUGCUCCUGAGCCUGCUGCUCCUGCCUACACUGGGCUGGCAGCAGGAGUGCCACAUGGGCACACUGCGGUUCCUGCAUGCCUCUGCCCUGCUCGCCCUGGCCACCGGGCUAAUGGCCGUGCUGCUGGCAGGCCUCGGGGUGUCCAGUGCAGCCGGUGGCUGCGGAUACAUGCCUGUCCACUUGGCUAUGCUGGCGGGGCAGGGUUGUCACCCUAGACGGCCCCAUGGGGCACUGCCACCGUGGCUGCUGCCAUGGCUGCUGCUUGCCCUGACGCCGCUGCUCAGCUCCGAGCCACCCUUCCUACAGCUCUUCUGCGGCCUCCUUGCUGGCCUGGCCUAUGCAGCUGGGGCUUUCCGGUGGCUGGAGCUCUCUGAGCGGCGGCUGCAGGCGCUGCAGGAGGGCGUCUUGUGCCGGGCCCUGGCGGGGUGCUGGCCACUCAGGCUUCUUCCCCCGACAGGCAGCCUGGCUGAGCUGCCUGUCACCCAUCCUGCUGGAGUGAGGCCUCCCAGCCCCGGACCUCCUUACAUGGCCUCCUCUAGCCUCUGGUUCCGCAGUGAAGGCUCAGCCACACUCCCGCCAGGCCUGGGGCCUGUGCAGCCAACCUGGGAAGGCUCCUCAGAGGUGGGCCAGGCCUGGGCUGGGCCCAGCUUCCCCCCAGGGACCCCGCUGUGGGCGGCCCUGGAUGAGCAGAUGUUACAGGAGGGGAUCCAGGCCUCGCUCCUUGAGGGGCCAGCCCAGGGUCCUGAGAGCCCACUAUGGCUGGCCAAGUCCUCCGUUUCCUCUCUGCGGCUGCAGCAGCUGGAGCGCAUGGGCUUCCCCACAGAGCAGGCAGUGGUGGCACUGGCAGCCACAGGCCGCGUGGAGGGUGCCGUGUCACUGCUGGUCGGGGGGCAGGUGGGCGCCGAGGCCCUGGUGACUGAGGGGAGGGGCAGGCCUGCCCACCCCGAGGGCCCUGGGCCCCCCUAGCACAGGCAGGCCCUCAGGUGAUUAGAGGCCUGGCCUGUGGGUAGGUAGCCCCAGCCCCUGCCCUGUGUGCUCCGAGUCAGAGUGGGACGUAGGGGCACCCCCGGGGGCAGGAGAGACCCCUCCAGCUCCCCACCCUCGUACUGUUUAGAAUAAAAACCAGUUCACUUUUCAACCUGGA